AUGGUGUCACAAUACAUUGUUUGGUCAUCUGAUUAUCGUCUUAAACCACCGGCAUUUUGUCAUAUUGACCUUAUUGACCAUACCAUUACUCUCGUAGUCGAACAUGAGCGAAAGAAGAAUGUCAGGCCCAGCCUCGUUCCAGUCGUCGGUGCUGUUUCAGCCGAAGAACUGAAUGAAAAAUAUAAGAAGUUAUUUCAGGAAUUUUCAAAGAUAAAAGCUCAGCAUUCGAUAUUAAAGAAAGCCGUUCUUAAGGAACAAGCAAGAAAUACAGAACUUACUGAACAAGUUAAAGUGAAAGAACAAGAUCUACGCAAUUCAAUCCAACAACUCGACCUACUUACGUUUCACAAUCAACGACUUACCAAACGUAUCGAAAGUCUACAAGAUGCCAACAAGGCUAGACUGACUCCGGGUUGGUUAGUGGGUUCAGCUAAAAAGGAACUGGAGAAGUCAAAAUCUACACUUGAGACCACUUCCGUAGAAUUGGGACGAAAGAUCGAAGAAAAUGAAAUGCUGAAUCAUAAGCUUUAUGAAUACAAAAGCCUUUACGCUCAAGAAACCAGUGCACUCCAAACUAGGAUAGCUGACUUGGAGAAAAAGAAUGAGGAACUUGAGGUCGAGUUGUCACGUUCCAAUAUUGCAGGAGAUGAGGCCAUGGAUACUCUUCGUGAGGAAAAGCAACAGCUUGAAAUGGAGCUUGAGGAAACAAAGACAAAGCUUAAAGAGAAAAUGGAAAAGUUGUCCGUAGAAUUGGGACGAAAGAUCGAAGAAAAUGAAAUGCUGACUCGCAAGCUUCAUGAAUCCCAAAGUCUUUACGCUCAAGAUCUUAAUGCACUCAAAACUAGGCUAGCUGACUUAGAGAAGAAGAAUGAAGAACUUGAGGUCGAGCUAUCACGUUCGAAUAUCGCAGGAGGUGAGGCAAUGGAUACUCUUCGUGAGGAAAAGCAACAGCUUGUAAUGGAGCUUGAAACGGAGCUUGAGGAAACAAAGAAAACACUUAAAGAGACAAUGGAAAAAUUGAAAGAGAGUGAGAGCGCAAGGAAGAAUGCCAUUUCAUCGCCUGAACCGGCCAAGUCACAAAGUUUGUCGAACGUAACUGCGCCAGAGUCUGAAACUGAGAAGCAUAACACUAGCGCAUUACUUACACGCGGUGGACCGAAUACAUUAGAAAAGGAUGCAGGGCGCGUUGAGAUAUCUGACGGUGAUGCAACACGUGAAUUACUUAUUAAGAAACAUUACGAGUCAAAGAUUCAGCAGCUAAAUGAACGGUUGCAACUGGCCGACAGCACGUCAGUUAGAAUGGCUGAGGCCGUGAAAUUAAUGAGAGAGAAGCUAGCUACUGCUGAGAAAGAGAUUACUCGAUUACAAGCAGAAAAUAAAAAGUGUAAGGAGGAUCUUGGACGUGUUGUGGCCGAGAAGAUCGAAGCAGAUGGUUCACAUAAAAAAGAAAAAGACAUAAUGACUGAUUAUAUUAAUGAAUUACAAAAACAACUGCAAACAACUGUCAACUUGAAUUCAUAA